AUGGAAUAUCGCCCGUCACAUCGGGUGUGCGCCGGCAUGAUGCGGGCCACAGCCACUCUUCUCUUUCUGCUCACGAUUGCCGUCGUCGCGAGUGCCGCGCCCGUCAAGUGGGCGGAGCCGCUGGUGCAGAAGCCGUCACGCCGGCGGUUGCUGCCGGAGGACGCGGUGGCGCUGGAGGGCGCGCCGGUUGGCGCGGCUGGCAACGCCUCCAACACGUGCCGCGCCGGUGUGAAUUUGGAGUGGACGACACGGGUGGGCAGCAGCGUGUUCGCCACCCCCCGCAUCGUCGACUUGAGCCACGACGGCAACAAGGAGAUCCUGGUGCCGACGUACACGCAGUACCUGGAGGCCAUUGACGGCGUCAACGGCGAGGACGAGCUCGGCUUCCCCUUCGUGCACCCCAACUUCAAGUCCUACGCCAGCCCCAUCCCUGUCGACAUGGACGGCGACGGCAGGACGGAGUGGCUCGUCGCCAUGUACACCGGCGAGCUGAUGGUGUUUGGCGAGGAUGGAAAGGCGCGCGGGGCGGUGCAGGUGCCCUCUCUGCCCAUCAAAAAGAACUGGGCGCAGAAGAACCUCACCGGGGCGGAGGCGGUGAGCUUUAAGGUGAAGCCGGUGCGGCGGUCCGAGGAGGACCUCAACCGCAUCAUGCGCGCCCGGCGGAUGGUGUACAUGACGCCGCGGUCGCCCCACACGCGCCACAACACCAGCGACGGCCCCCGUGCCACUGCCGCCGCCGACGCCGCCGCGGUUGGGGCGUCGCGGCCACCUGCCGCCCCGCUGCGCCGCCAUCUCGCAGAGGCGGCGGCGGCGGCAGCGGCGCCCGACGACGACGGCGACGCCGCCAACAAGCCUGAGGUUGAAAUUGACGACCUGGACGACUUCUUCGACGACGGCGACGACGACGACGGUGCGGCGGUGGAGAAGCAGCAGGGCAUCGGGGCGGAGGGGUGGCUGAGCCCGGAGGCCAAGGCGUCGAUGGAGAUGCUGUACCACCCGGAGCUGUACAAGAGCAGCGUGAACUACGAGGGCGAGCACGACGCCUUCAACUUCCGCAACAUGCGCAACCCGACGACGGUGGUGGUGGGCGAGGACGAGGUGGCGGUGGACCCGCACAUCAUGUCCACCCCGGUCAUUGUGGACGUCGAUGGCAACGGCGAGCUCGACAUUGUGCUGCACCUCAGCUACUUCUUCGACAGGAAGGCGUACGAGGGCGAGAAGGCGGAGCUGCUCCCGCCCGACAUCGACGUCGACGACUACGUGGCGGACGUGCUCAUGGUGCUGAACCUCGUGACGGGGGAGGUGCGGUGGCUGCAGGUGCUGCACCUCACGCGGAAGAACGACACCACCCCGGCCUACGCGCUCUCGUCGCCCGUGGUUGCCAACCCCGAUGAGGACAACCAGCAGGACAUUUACGUCACGACGACGGCCGGGGCCAUUUUUGGCUUCAACGGCCGCGGCAAACAGCUUCCUGGCUGGCCGGUGUGGAUGAGCAGCCCGAUAGCAUCCUCGGCCUCGAUGGAGGACGUCACCGCGGACGGCGUGCUCGACGUGUGUGCCGGUGACACCGGCGGCAACGUGGCGUGCUUCUCCGCGAAGGGAAAGCAGCUGUGGAGCAAAAAUUUUUCCGGCGCCGUCGGUGAGCACAUCACCUACGGCGACGUGGACGGGGAUGGGGCCAUUGACCUGGCGUUUGGCACCACCGCCGGAUUGCUCUACGCGGUGCGGGGACGCGACGGCGUACCGCUGCCGCACUUUCCAGUCGCGACGGAGGGGCCUAUUCUCGCCCCGCCGCUGCCUGUAAACCUAAACAACACGCUACCCUCGCAGCAGCGUGGCCCGGAGGGGCUGCACCUUGUCGUCCCCUCCCACGACGGGGUGCUGUACAUCGUGAGCGGCACCACGGGCUGCGUGGACGGCAUUGACAUCAACGAGAAGUCCUCCACCAUGGUGCUCGCCGACGACCUGACCGGUAACGGCAAGCUAGACCUCGUCGUGAGCACGCUGAGCGGGAGCGUCAUGGUGUUCGAGACACCGGCCACCUUUCACCCCCUCAAGGCGUGGACCAGCCGCGUGAAGUCCACCAACGGCUUCACGGCCUCCGAGGGGUACGUCGGGGUCUUCAUUCACCCCAGCAGCCGCGUGUCGCGCGACAUCCGCGGGGACCACUUUGUGGUUCUGGUGACCAUCUACGACAAGCGCCGCGUGGACGCGGCGCGGCGGCGCUACGGCCUCACCAUCACGAUUGGCCCACGGGUGCUGGUGCACCAGCACGUGUACGGCGCCCCCGGGACCUACUCCAUCCCGCUCCGCGCCCCGCUGGAGCGGAUGUACGCCUCCCUCGCCGUGGUGAUGACGCUGCCGAAUGGGCAGAGUUACGAGGACAGCCUCGCCCUGAGCUUCAACAUGCACUUCCUGGAAAGCAUUAAGUUUGCGUUUCUGAUCCCAUUCCUGCUGGCGUGCCUCGCCAUCUCUUUUGUUAGCAAACGGCACGAGGUGGAGCCGCCCCCGUUCGAGGCGCAUUACUACUAA